UGUCUUCUACAAUCGUCAUUGAAAUAUGCAUCACUUCAACGUACUGUCGUUUCCAGAACAAUCAGUUGAGUGACACGUCCAGGUUGUACAGUUCUCAGGCUCCGUAUGCGGUCGUAAGCAGGCAGCUUCUUUCAAGCCUAUUCCGUAGCGCCAGCUAUUCAAAACCAAGCUACGGAAUGGACGAGGAGGCUUUAUACACUACCGACUGGAUCUUUGUUGCUCCAAAUCAAACCCGGAGGCUCGGACAACCGAAGCCAAGACUGAGAGCACCGCAAGUUACGAUCUUCACACCAAUACUGUAGUCAACGCAGCCCAGCUCUAACGAACUUGUGCUCAAUCGGAACGGGAAAGCAAAGCAACUGUUGUCUGCUGGAACCACGAAGAAACGUUGAGCUCCUGCAGCUCCACAUUUUCGGAACCUUGCAAUUUGUGGCACCAAUCAUCGUGGGAAAGUCAAAGAACGUGUGAUUAACUAUCCCAGCGCUUUUCUAAAUUUAGAAAAUCUCGAAAAAUCCCUAAAUUACCCAGUCUUAUGGGAUACUCUCUGUUCCAGAGCAUACUAGUCCCGGAAGUCGCUAAAUGCUUGAGAAGCUUAAACCCAUUUUCGUGGAAUGGUGACCUGCGUCGUUUUGGUGCCCCUCGGGUUGAAUGUGUCGCCGAAUGCUCCAAGGUCACAGUUGUUGGUGAUUUUGCUGUCGAGGCACUGUGGUAUAUGUUUCUUCGGCUGUGGUAUGAUCGGUGUAGGAGGUUUUGGAAUCUGGUAGUUGGUUGAAGCAGGGCGGCGUUGGUGGGCGAGAGGGGGCGACUGUUGGCAGAGCGGAAGUGAUCUGGAGGAUUGCGACGCCGGCAGCGAUGACUUUGGGAAGGAUGGAUUCGUCGCUCGACACUCACAACAUCGAACUCCAAAAGCAAUCUUCCGUUCUGCUGGCACCACCUCAAAGGAGUGAAAACAGCCAGAACACAACCGACCUGGAAGCAUGGCUACCCAUCUCAACCGCAGACCGCAAUGCCAACUGGAAGCAUGCGGCUUUCCACAACGUCACGGCGAUGAUGGGAGCAGGAGUUCUCGCUUUGCCCAACGCCAUGGUCUACCUUACAUGGGGUCCAGGUCUCCUAAUGCUCAUCCUUUCAUGGGUCAUCACCCUCUUCACACUCUGGCAAAUGGUGGAGAUGCACGAAGCUGUGCCCGGAAAGCGAUUCGACAGAUACCAUGAGCUUGGUCAAGAAGCGUUUGGCCCCAAACUGGGGCUAUGGAUCGUGGUCCCGAUGCAGUUAGUAGUCGAGGUUGGCGUGGACAUUGUUUACAUGGUAACAGCAGGGAAAUCCAUGCAGCACGCGUACAACAUCACCUGCGGCGACCACUGCCCAUUGCAGGACGCCAUCGUCUUCUGGAUCUUCCUCUUCGCCAUCGUCCAGCUUGUGCUCGCUCAGCUACCCAACUUCAACUCCAUAACUGCCAUUUCGUUAGCUGCCGCCAUCAUGUCCAUUAGCUACUCUACCAUAGCGUGGAUCAUUCCUGCUCAUUAUGGGCACACCCUUCCGGGCGGCGUCAAGCUACUGGCACCGGUAAGCUAUGGCUUGCCGCAGUUCAAGCCUGUUCAACUGCAGUUGCCAGGCGGUUCUACCCUACAGCAAGUUCCAGAUGAUUUAUCCUACAAUGAUCGGUUGUUUGGAGCUUUCACUGCCCUUGGCACAAUUGCGUUUGCCUAUGCAGGGCAUAACGUGGUGUUAGAGAUUCAGUCCACUUUGCCCUCCACUCCAGAGGAGCCAUCCAAGCUUGCUAUGUGGCGAGGAGUGAAAUUUGCUUACGGAGUUGUGGCAGCCGGAUAUUUUCCAGUUGCAUUAGUUGGGUAUUGGGCUUACGGCAACCAAGUGACGGACGACAUUAUCACAUUUGUGUCACGGCCAACUUGGUUGGUGCUGAUUGCCAAUCUGAUGGUGGUUGUUCAUGUCAUUGGGAGCUACCAGAUUUAUGCCAUGCCGGUUUUCGACAUGAUGGAAUCAACUCUGGUGGGCCGCUUGAGGUUCAAACCAUCAACACCUCUUCGGCUCAUCACCCGCUCUCUCUACGUCGUCUUCACCAUGUUCAUUGCCAUCACGUUCCCAUUCUUCUCAGCUUUGCUGGGCUUCUUCGGUGGCUUUGCUUUUUCGCCGACUACUUAUUUUUUGCCGUCCAUCAUAUGGUUGAGGAUAUACCAUCCAAAUCGCUGGAGCUGGUCAUGGGUCAUCAACUGGGCGGUGAUUGUAUUUGGCGUGGUGCUGAUGUUUGUGUCGACCAUCGGUGGUUUCCGAUCCCUGAUGGUCGAAGCAGCCAAUUUCCACUUCUAUAAGAACUAAUCACUCGGAUGUCCAUAGAGUAUUACUAUUCUUUUUGCCGUUUUUUCUUGUUAUGAAUUCCAAACAUCUGACAACUCGGAGUUAGGAUUAUGUGCACAUUUAUAUACAGUUGCGUAAAAAUGGGUCCAGCUUCGAAGCUUGCUGUCUGUCAAGUUGUCAAGUUCUGCAGGACUGAUACUCACACAAACUGUGCCGGCGGAUGUAUUUGUAGCAAAGCCCUUUAUCUCAAACUAUGCACUUCUUUCUCAUUUGUUGAGGAGGAAGAAGAAGACGACCAAAACAAUUCUUCACAAAGUUGAAUUAAAUUACCAGCUGUAUUGAGGGA